UUAUAUCCGCUUAUUAGAUUUAAUCUUAAAUGCGACGCAAGUAUUGUGAAAUUCAUCGUUGAAACGUAUCUUCCCGUCCAUUUGGUCGAGUUAAAGUUUUACGAUGAAUGACUCGAAGCAAGGGAUAUAAUAAGAGGCCAACGACCGUUCCUUUACUGCGUCAUUAAGUUGUAAUCGUUGAAGGAAGAAAGCAGCGUGUCCAUUCGGUCGAUAUUGUUUUUACGGGUAAACGAAUUGUUUGCGUAAGACACAACUACUAUUUUAAAAUGCGUGAAUGCAUAUCCAUCCACGUCGGUCAGGCGGGUGUUCAAAUUGGGAACGCCUGUUGGGAAUUGUAUUGUUUGGAACACGGAAUACAACCAAAUGGAGAGAUGCCGUCGGAUAAGACGUAUGACGAUAGUUUCAACACCUUCUUUAGCGAAAUUAGUUCCGGUAAACACGUACCUAGAGCGGUAUUCGUCGAUUUGGAACCAACAGUUGUCGACGAGGUACGAAGCGGAAAAUAUCGACAACUUUUUCAUCCAGAUCAAUUGAUCACCGGUAAAGAAGAUGCAGCGAAUAAUUAUGCCCGCGGUCACUAUACAGUCGGACGAGAAAUCGUCGAUUUGGUGAUCGAUCGGAUACGGAAGUUAGCGGAUCAGUGCACCGGAUUGCAAGGAUUUCUAAUCUUCCAUUCGUUCGGAGGCGGUACUGGGUCAGGUUUUGCUUCGCUGUUAAUGGAACGUUUGUCGGUAGAUUAUGGGAAAAAAUCGAAAUUAGAAUUUGCUAUUUAUCCGGCACCGCGUAUUUCGACGGCAGUCGUCGAACCGUACAAUUCAAUUCUGACUACUCAUACGACUCUCGAGCAUUCCGACUGCGCGUUCAUGGUCGAUAACGAAGCGAUUUUCGACAUUUGCCGGCGCAAUUUGGAUAUCGAACGACCAACUUAUACCAAUUUGAAUCGGCUGAUCGGUCAGAUAGUUUCCUCGAUAACGGCUUCGUUGCGAUUCGAUGGCGCGUUAAACGUCGAUUUGACCGAGUUCCAGACGAAUUUGGUUCCAUAUCCAAGAAUACAUUUUCCUUUGGUUACAUACGCGCCGAUAAUAUCAGCGGAAAAAGCUUAUCACGAACAACUGUCGGUUGCCGAAAUCACCAACGCCUGUUUCGAACCGGCGAAUCAGAUGGUCAAGUGUGAUCCUCGUAACGGCAAAUACAUGGCUUGUUGCCUCCUCUACAGAGGAGACGUUGUUCCGAAAGACGUCAACGCCGCUAUCGCUGCGAUUAAAACAAAACGGACGAUACAAUUUGUCGAUUGGUGUCCAACUGGUUUUAAAGUCGGUAUAAAUUAUCAACCACCUACGGCUGUACCUGGCGGCGAUUUGGCCAAGGUACAGAGAGCCGUUUGUAUGUUGUCAAACACGACAGCCAUUGCCGAAGCUUGGGCUCGCCUCGACCACAAGUUUGACCUGAUGUACGCAAAAAGAGCGUUUGUUCAUUGGUACGUCGGGGAAGGCAUGGAAGAAGGCGAAUUCUCCGAAGCUCGCGAGGAUCUCGCAGCUCUCGAGAAAGACUACGAAGAAGUAGGAUUAGAUUCGAACGACAUGGAAUUAGACGCUACUGACGAGUAUUGAUUUUAUUUUCAAAUCGUCUAGCUUCGUUAACAAAAAAAUCAUCAUUUGUAUUCUCGUAUAUUCUCCUAAAGAAAGAAAUAUGGAAGAAAAGAAAAAGGUUGCAAUAGAAUAAAAAGGAUGAAACUCGUCAUUUCUCGUAAAUUGUAGACGUAA